GUGUUUUUCUUAGGUUUAUAACGUUUAACUUCCUCUCGCCUCCCCGCUGCCUCCGCCUCCUCCUCCUCCUCCUCCUCCUCCAUCAGCCGCCGAACCUCCUGGCCGUAAGCAGUGCUCGUUCAGCUCAGCUCGCCGCGUACUUCUUCCAAGCUCCUUGAGAGAAAAUUAUCUGGAGGAUGCUCGAUCGGAAUUUGAUGGAAUAGUUUGCAAAACCAUUGUGGAAUGGCUUAUUCUCAACUGUCAAGGAUCCAGACCCAAAGUUUGCAUCAGAAACCUUGCCCAGCAAAAGCACUGCAGAAGCCUCUUGCAGCGGGGAUUUAAGUUGCAUUUGGGAUAGUGACGGGAGGGCAACAUCUCGAUGAUGGUUUCUGAGUUAACUGCGGGUGUGCCAAGAAGUGCAGAGGAUGCUGAAGUUGAUGUUUCUGAGUUUACCAAUUCUGGCAACAAGGAAUUGGCUACUGCUCAGGAUCCUGAUGCAACUGAAUGGUCUAGUUCCUUUGGUGGCACUCUCUCUGAUUCCGAAUAUUAUUCCGGGAUGAGUGAAGGUGAAGUAGAUUCCCAAUUCUGCAGGGACAGUGAUUUUCCAUCUGCACUUGAUGCAUUCGAUAGUAUGUUUCGAAUAAGGAAGAAGAAGUUGACAGAUCACUGGAAGACUUUCAUACGUCCUCUGAUGUGGCGGUGCAAAUGGACGGAACUGAGAAUAAAGGAAAUUGAGUCACAAGCGCUUAAAUAUGCUAAGGAACUAGCAGCAUAUGAACAAAACAAAAGUUUGGCAUCUGAUCAAUGCCCAGACCCAGUAGAAGAAUUUGGAUCAAAGUUGAUGCCAUUUUCUGGUCCCUGCAAUAAGAAAAAGAUCAUGAAGAGGAGGAAAAGAAAGAAGAUUGAAGACAUCACAGACAUAGCAUCGUAUAUGUCGCAUCAUAAUCUUUUUUCUUAUCUGGAAAAUAAGAGGCCAGAUCCAGAAGGAACUUUUAUUGCUGAUGACUUUUCUUACCCAGUGUUUUCAGACAAGAACAGGAUUGUCAACACCGAAUUUGGACAUAAUGAUAGCCAAACAUCAUUUGAGUUCAAAGAUGGUGAUAUAUACUUGGAACAGUUACUCCAGAAAAUCGAAACUGUGCAUUCGAGAGUUUACAAACUUAAAGGCCAGCUUGAUGUGGUGAUUACACAGAAUGCUGCUAAGUUCUCUUCUUCUGAGAACUUGAGCCUGCUUGCACCUUGUGAAGCACAGACUAGUUGUGCUCCGAGUCCUACAUUUUCUGCUGGCAAUGGAGAAGUGAAGUCAAUUGGAGGUGUACACUCCUCAGCUCAGCACAUACCAGAGUGUGACAUAGGAGAUCUUGUUCUGCCUGAAAGUGUGGUUUCAAGUUAUGGAAAUGCAGUUCCUGUUCCUGAUGUAAUUGAAAGCACUGUAGGAUUAUUAUCUGCUACCAAUGUUCCUGUCCAACAGAAGGUGGUCCAAGAUACAAGUGAAGAUAUAGUGGAAAAUGUUCUCAUCCAUAAUGAGCUAGCUGAAGGUGGGAGUCAAACGCUAAAGAGCUCAGAAGUGGAAGCAUUAGCAAAGCAACCGGAAUCGGAUAAAGGAGAACAAGAUGAGAGCAACGAUCCUUCUCCAGUUCUCGCUUCUAAGCCCGAGCCCAUGGUGAAAGGCAUUGCAUCUCAGCAGGAGUCAACACUAAAAUCAUGUCUAGCCUCAGAUAUCAGGUUUCCUAAGAACAAGAGGAAACGAGGGGAACGUAGAUCUUGUUCAGUCGGUUGGAGCAAGAAGUGCCCAGGCGAGCCAGAUAGCCAGUGAGAACUUUUAGUAUUCCUGUCCGGGCUGAUGUGGGCUCAGUGUUAGGUUAAUGCAAGGGGGUCCUUUGUUCUAGGUGAACAAGUCUUCAGGUCGGGUAUCAGGAUUUUAGGCAGGCUUGUGGUAACUUAUUGGUUGUCGCAACAUUAGGUCUUUCUUCUCCGCAAGUUUCAGAAAUUUUCUGUUGGACCAUGAAUCCAAAGUAGCAGUAUCUUUCUGAAAAUGGACUUUUUUUCUCUGUUGUAGAAUCUUGAGCUCUAGAUGGAUACCUUUCUCAGGAGAGUUAGUUUA